AUGAAUGUAACAAAAGAAAAGACUGACUCUUUCGUCCGCGAGAUGUCAAACGUUUUGAUGUUGUCUCCCACUCCUUCAAUUCAUAGCAACUCCAACAUAUUUUUGCCAUUGAUGCCAAAAUCGAUGACGAGCUCCAUUCAUUUCCCUAAUACAUCAGAAGAGGAGAAGUACAUGGAUUGGAAAGUAGUGUGUGACACCAAGAAGAGUCUGCCUGAUGUGAUCAAGAAGUCCCCUGGACCUCGUGGACGUGGCCGAUGCACUAAUGGUGUCAAUGUUGCCACAAGAUUUGUGGAGUUAGCCAAUGGGGAAAUCAUUGAUGAACAUUGUGCCGCGGCAAUCCGAAAGCUUAUACAGUCAUUUUUCAAUGAGCUGCAAAAUCACUCUGUUAUCCCCAAAUAUUUUCCACAGUGUCAUCCUGACUUCCAAAAUAGGUGCUAUAUUGAUGUAAUCAAUGCUUAUCCUGAGCUCGGCUAUUGCGCAGAUAACUGGAAGGCCUUGAAGAUUGCUCGCGAAGUAUACUCAAGAUGGCACCAAUACCACAUUGUCGGCAAAACAGUCAAGGCCAAGCCGGUCCCCACAGAAUCUCCACCAACCAAAACUUCCUCUUCCUUAGGUAAAUACCAGAUCACAUCGGAGCAGUCAAGUCAGGAGGACAUGGUUAUCAAAAGGCCCAGACUGGAAUUGGUGUCGGAGUCCUUGACAGUCCAACCUAAUACGACCAACAGGGAUACGACUAGCCAGGUGGAUACCAGCAAGGAUGCGACUAGCAAGGAUACCACAAGCAAAGAUACUACCAUGGCCAAUGUCACAGCAUCAGAAAAUGCAAAAGUUGCUAGUUUAAAAAUUAUCUUAAAAAGACCCAUGCCAAAUUUGUCCGCUCCAUUCAUCCCACCUGCUCCGCUUGCACCUGUUUGCAAGCCAGACUCACAGGGCGAGGUGUCGGACCUUGUCUCAGCUGCGCUCGCACUUACAUCAGCUGUGGGGACGGCAAAGAUUGAGAAAGGGACUGGUAAGAAGAAGCCGUGUAGUGAGGAUUUUUUGAAGAUAACACCUGCCAUCACUGCAAGGAACUUAUGUGCCAAAGACUGGCUGCAAGAGCAUCCUGGUGGUCUCAAAGUGGAAUUUGACACUUACUUCAAGGAUCUUUCAAAGGACUUGCAGAAGAAAUAUGCCUCGGAUGCCGCUAUCAUGAAACUCGAUGCAAAGGCCUAG